GUCACUCCUUGCAACAAGACGGAGUAAAUUUUAAGUUCAUAAUCUUGGUCUUUGGACGUCGACGUAUCAAACCCGAUUGCUCAGCAAAACAAAGAAGAAAAUGUCAGGUAAAAAACCCGCCUACCCCACACAGCCACAGAUGAUGAUACCUGGCCAGGGCUAUGCUGCUGCAGCUGCAUAUGCUCAGGGCUACCCGCUUUCAGCCCAGCCACCUGCUUACCAACAGUCACUACCCCCAGGAGUAAGCUAUACACCACAUCCCAUACCUCAGCCCCGUGUAGCUGUGCCCACCCCAGCACAGUUUGGUCCUCCACCUCCAUAUUCACAGUCUCAGUCAAUAGCAGUCAGCUCUCCUUACUAUUACCCUCACGGAGGACAACUGUCACAUCCGGCCCAUCUCUCACAUGCAGCACAGCUUCCACAUGCAGCACAGUUGCAGCAGGCAGCACAGUUGCAGCAAGCAGCACAACUGCAGCAGGCAGCCCAGAUUCAAGCUCAGAGACAGCAACCAAUCAUGGCACAUGCGUCUUACGAUGCUGGGGCCAGAUUUGAUGGAAUUUCUCAAUCUGUGAUACCUCCCCCACCCCCUGGAGUAGCCCCAAGUGCAGCCCAGAUUGCGGCGUAUCAGGGACAGAAUGUCAUUGCCACACAGCAAAAAGCUAGCUGGUUGUCUGGUGCACCCGGAGGGGGAUACACCUUUUGGUAACUUGGCCCGGGACGACAAGGAGUUUAAACUUCAGGGAACUGUAAAGCCUGCCAAGGGAGACAGCAUUAUAUACUAAGUGUGGGUACAUUACUAGAGAGGACCUCCUGUCUGCAUAUUAUGUGUGCUCUCAAGUAUUGGAACAUUCAGUUAUUAGAUACCCUCUAGCAGUCACAUGCUGUAAAUUUAACACUAAUUAUUUAAAAACCAACCUUGUUGGGUUAUGACACAUCCUGAUUGAAACUUAACGGUGUUGGGGACUGAUUCUGCAGUUCACAAGUGAUGAAUAUAAUUAGUUAUGGUUUGAUUGUCACAGAAACAGUUAUAAAAGACAAAAGUCAUGGUACUGGAUAUUUCAUUAUCAGAAGAAUGAUUGAAAGCUUAGCAGCUUCUCUGUAUUUAGUAGGAUUUACGCAACUUGCUGUGCUAUACAAAUGUUAUGAUCUCUAUGCUUCACUACACCCGUUGUGUGUUUUAUGCAACAUUGUGUUUAGUGUGGUUCUACAUUUUUUUCAAAUUCAAACCAUCAUCAUGUCUCUGUUAAUGCAGGUUGUUUGUAAGCUAUCAAAAUUAGAUGUUCAGGGGAGAUAACUAAGUGACACUAAAUUUAUCACAGGCACUUGUACAGGCUGGUAACAAGAAUCCAUUCAUUCAAUGGGUAGGUUGAACUAAAACAAGACUGAUAUGCAUUUACUAACCCAGGCAUGCUGUCUAGCUGUUUUUGUUGUUGUUGUUUGUUAUUGGGUUGAAGGUAACAACAGUAGCAGCAAGUGCUUGUGUUAUGAACAAGCCAGGGGUUAAUUAAUGCUGACCAGUGUCCUUUUUAACAUACACACCGUUUUAAAAGUGGUUUGACACAUGAAGGUGCCUCGUCUUUUAAUCUGAAAAAUUUGGUUUUAGCUUUGUUUAAAUUUUGAGCAUAAUGGAAACGUGCAAGAAGAGGUAUGAUAAUGGUGACCAUGUGAAGGUACUACAUCAGUAAGGUUUAAUGAGUCUUUGACUGAUCUGUGUGAAGUAACUUCACUGGUACAGAAUGAGAGAAUGUAACACUCCUGAAUGUUAGUACGUUGUAUAUGAGCAAGGAUACAUGUACCUGUCAUGAAUGUCUUGUUAUAAAACUCCUGUCGUGAAUGUCUUGUUAUAAAACUCCAAUUUGCCAAGAAGUUUGAACCUAAAUCUCAACACAACAUGUUCAAAUUAGUCAGACACCUGAUCAAAGGACAGGCCCUAGUUGUGGCAUUCAGUUUUUCUACAGGUCAUAUACACCUUCCUGUAGCACUAGGCUAACACUGAAAAUAAGUUUUCUGUUAAGUGAAAGCUGAGGAAAAAAAAAGAAAAACAGAUUGGUUGGGUAUAGGUGAAUUGCCUGAACAUGCGAGAUGGAAGAGGAGUGUAACAGGGACCAAAGAAUAUAGUUGUAGUUGGAUGUGUUAGUUGGGUUUUACCAUAUUUAACACUUUAUUUAUGUAAGCUUGAAAGUCCUGACCCACUUCCUCCUGAAAGCGUUUUUGUUGUAAUUGUGCAACGCAUAUUUAGACCGUGUUAGAGGUCAUUUUGUCAGUUGUAUACAUGCCUGCUAUUAUUGUUAUAUGGGCGCAGUCUACUAUUAUGUAAUGGCUUAAUCAUAUAUUUUCUACACUAUAAAAUUAUUUUUGGGUCAAGUUUUUUUCGACUUCGGUUUUAAUUUUAACUCUGCCAUUAACAUCUUCAAAAUGUUUACCUUUUUUCUACAUACAAGAAAUCUAAGAGGAAUGUAUUUUACAGGAUUCUGUAUUUCUAUACACAUGUAUAUGAUACGACUAUGCAUGUGAGGGAUUGGCAUUAACUUUCUUCAAGAGGCUAGAGUGCGAGGGUCACAGCAUGAGUGUGUGUGCUUGUUCUAUGAGAAAUUGAGGAAUAAAAAAAUUCAUAAAAAAACAA